UCCCGGGUUCGGCUCUCGCCGACUCGGAGUUUUCGUCCGUGACGCGUGACUUGCGACUGUGUCACAAUCCGGGUGCCACUUACUAGUAUGUGACUCCUAGAAGCGCUUGUCAUCUUACUCGUUCCCUCAGAUACUCUACUCCUCGAGUAGAACUACUACAAUCAUCGCUUAUUGCUAUCAUCGCAAUGUCCUUUCAGUACUACUCGAGCAACGGAGUAUCUGACUCCUCUAUGUCGACGUUUGGACAUUCUAUCGAUAGCAUGUUUCAGUGUUUGUGGGAUUGUUCACAAGGAUUACAUUGCAACGAUUUGAUUCGCAGCUACGAUGUCUCCGCUCACCUACGUGAGGUUCAUGGGAUUCACGGGCCAGACAAAUCUCCCGUUACCUGCCGAUGGCAAUCUUGUAAUAGGGGUCUCGAGAAGGAGACUCUUGCGAGGCACAUCGAGGAAAUUCACGUGGGGAUUGUAUACAGGUGCCAGUGCGGAGAUACAUUCUCGCGCAAAGAUACUCUCAACAAACACAAGACAAAACUUCAGCAUUAAAUAGGGAGUCUUUUGAUUGCAAGGUAUCCCGUACUAUAUGCCAAGAUUUCAGUUAGAGUAUCUAUUGUCUAUGGUACUUAUGAUCCGACGUACUUUUAGUUUCUUAUGUGCUGUUUACCCUGAUAUUUCAAUUCAAGUAUU